CUAAUCUUUCCCGGUUUCUCUGCGCAAGACGCCAGCAACGAUGUUGGCCGCCGUGAAGCGCACCAACAGUGUUUCGCGAAUCCGCGUCCUCGCUGUUCGUCCCUACGCAACAGAAACUGUCUCAACACCGACGUCAGAUUUACCUCCGCCCUUCCCUUCGCCGUCAUCCCCCAAGAACUCAAAGAUCCGCUUGUACCCAAGGCCCCGGCCAGCAGUCUCCCAUAAACAUUCGCCGCUCCCAAAGUUGCCACCCUCGUUUGGCAGCAACCAGCUCUUGCCCGUCUCCAACUCGACCCGCGCACUCCUCGAGUCUAUUGUCGCAAAGUUCGACGCGCCGAUUCGCUAUGCGUUCGCCUAUGGAUCGGGAGUGUUUGAGCAGGACGGGUAUGCGGAGAAGAAGAAGGAAGGCGCAGAGGGCCCGAUGCUGGACUUCAUGUUCGCCGUAACCCACCCCGCCCACUUCCAUUCUAUCAACAUGCACCAAUUCCCCAGUCAUUACCCCCUCCAUGCACGUAUGUUUGGAUCUUCAUACGUUUCUCGGGUGCAAGACAUUGGACCAGGAGUCUGGUUCAACGCGUAUGUUCCAAUGAAUGGAGUGACCAUCAAGUACGGUGUCACGACUGUGGAUAACCUCUGCGCCGACCUUCUCAACUGGAGAACGCUCUACCUCGCGGGGCGGAUGCACAAACCCCUACGCAUUAUCAAGGAUGACGCACGGGUUCGCCUCACCCAGCAAGUGAACCUCACAUCAGCCCUUCGAGCCGCCCUCCUCUCCCUGCCUUCGUCUUUCUCCGAAACCGAGCUCUUCGAGAGGAUAGCUGGUUUCAGCUACAUCGGCGACCCGCGCAUGCUCCUUCCCGCAGAAAACCGCGGAAAGGUCGGAAACAUUGUCCGAAAACAACGGCCGCAGUUCCGCGAAUUAUACUACAGAUUGGUAUUGGGCUUGCCGGGAGUUCAUUGGUCUUCUUCAUCAGAGAUCAUUGAGCAGGACACGAGCCCCAACGCCAGAGCUGCUCAUCUCAGGAAGCUGCCGGUCGGACUCCUGAAUCGCGUGAAACAGAAUUACGAGAGCAAGGGCUUUGGCAAGGACGUGGAGCAGGACGAGACUGCGUUUUGGGUCAAGAUGGCGGGAGACGAACAAUUGUUCAACGUCAUUCAGAAGGAAAUGGCUGGCAUUGUUCGAGGCCCAGCGACUAUUCAAUCCGUCAAGGGGAUUGUCAGUGCCGGACUGGGCAAGAGCAUCCGCUACAGUUCUGCCAAAGUCAACAAGUGGUGGGAGGGCUCAUGA